GUUUAUAUAUCAGUCUUGAUACCUGUCGGUCAACGUGUUAGGAUCACGAGUGUUUUCUAAGUGUAAUACUGUUCCAUAGUAUAAUCUUAAAAAAUAUGCAAGAAAUAUUUCGAAAAAUGUUUGCCGCAGCUUUUGCUCUUGUGCUUAUAACAGUACAUGUCGCAGCGGAAGUACCAUCCUACAUUCAUGUGUGCGGACGCAGAGACCCGAAUCUCGAUCAAUGCAUUUUCAACAACGUCGAAAAUUUGAAGGAUAAAAUCUGCGAAGGAAUGCCAGACCUGAAUAUUCCAUCGAACAAUCCACUUAUUCUUGAUGAAUUAGUAAUUUUUGAUUCACCCGAUAACAAAUUAUAUAUUAAGGAUACAAAAAUGACGGGGCUGUGCGAUUUUGUUGUGAACUACCUUCACCUAGAUAUCGACAAACUCCAUUUUGAUGUUGAUUUGUUAUUCAAACAAAUUCAAAUAAACGGCACUUAUAAUCUCAACGUACGUUUAUUGGUGCCCAUCACUAACACAGCGCAAGUUUAUAUUACCACAGAUAAUGUAGGAGCAAAAGUAAGCGCGGACAUGAAAAUGGUUACCAAAGGCAACCAGAAAUAUAUGUUUUUUUCAAAGAUGACGAUAAAUCUUGACAUCAAAGGAUAUAAUAUUGACUUUUCACAUGAAAGAGAAUUAGGCCAAUUGCGCGAAAUUAUUAGGAAUUUCGUAGGCGACAAUCAACAGGAGAUUAUUACAGUUAUUAAGCCGGCUCUGGAAGAGAGUAUCACCAAACGGAUUCUCUUGGUUGCCAACAACAUAAUCAAACUCUUUACUUACGAAGAGCUCUUUCCUGAUCGAACAUAAAUCGUCAAAAAAAUUUGAGAUCUAUUGUCACGUGAUUAUUUUGUUUGUAUUGUGAUCCAUUUGAAGAAUAGUUAAAGCACAAGAUUUGUUAUAAUAUUUUAAUAACUAACGGCACUUUUUAUUCUUGCUAAAUAACGAAAAUGAAGAUAUAAUUGUUAUUGAUUAUUAGCUUAACAAUGCAGAUUUGUAUGAAAUAAUAAUUAUUUAUACGUAACAAUACAUUUAAUUAAACAAUAA